ACACGGAAGAGCGAGCGGAGAGUACGACUUUGCUGCUGCCGCGCGCCAACAUCACUUAAUUAGGCGAGAAAGCGCGCAGCAGAGAUUCGAGCUAAUCGAGCGAGCUCUAUCUUUGUCGUCACCUCGACAAGCAGCCUCCUCGCUUCUUCGGAACCGUUUAUUCGAGUGACAUCUUUAGUAGAAGAGCGAUAUCAUCCUAUGCGUGCGAAUUAAUCUCGAGCAACAACGUGCUGGUGCAACAAGAAUCUGGUCAGUUCGAUUUUUCAACAUCGCGCGGACCAUCAUCGAAAGUGUUCUCACAUGCAAAUACGUACGAGUGACGAAUCACUUUGUUGAUUAUCGGUCAGCGAGAUAACAAAGCCCAAAGAGUGAUCUUCCGCGUUUAAUAUAAUUGCGAUCGACUCCGAGAUCCUUCAGGUCGUCGACCCUCGGUCUUUCUGUCGUUGUACGCGAGUGUCGCAUAUCGUUGAGCAAAGAAAGCAAUUCGUAUCGUAAUUACGUUUUCAAUCUCUCGUGGGAACUUGAUCAGCUGCGAGUUUUCCAUCUCUGGUCUUCCCGUCGGCGUCACACAUCGUCGGAUCGUCGAUUCUAUAUAGUUACUGCCCUUCGUCUUUCCUUUCUUUCGCAUCGCGAACACACGGGCUGCACACAUGGGAGACCAAGAGCAACAGGAAACAAUACCGAGCGUGGUGGAACUGAAUGUGGGCGGCGUCUUUUACACCACAGCCUUGACUACGUUAACUCGCGAGAGUGAAUCGCACCUGGCGGCACUCUUCACGGGCAAAUCCGCCGUGGAAAAAGAUGCCAAGGGAAAAUACUUUCUGGACCGUGACGGCGUGCUCUUCCGCUACGUACUGGACUUCCUGCGCAACCAGGCGCUGGUAUUACCGGAAGGCUUUCGCGAACGCGAGAGGCUGAAGCAGGAAGCUAAUUUCUACGGUCUGCCCGGUUUAGAAAAGGCGAUUUUGGAGAACGCCGAAUCCAACGGACAGACUGGCGGCACCGUCGGCAAACGCACGCCGGGAUAUAUCACCAUCGGCUAUCGUGGCAGUUUUGCUUUCGGUCGCGAGGGUUUGGCUGAUGUAAAAUUUCGCAAACUCUCGAGAAUUCUUGUAUGCGGCCGCGUAGGACUCUGUCGAGACGUAUUCGGUGAGACGCUGAACGAGAGCCGCGAUCCCGAUCACGGCCUGUCUGAUCGCUACACGUCACGCUUCUUCCUCAAACAUAGCAUCAUCGAGCAGGCCUUCGAUAUGCUGCAGGAACAGGGAUUCAGAUUAGCAGGUAGCUGCGGAUCUGGUACUGCUGGCGGCAAUUCCGAACAACUAAAACCUGGCGUCGACUUAGAGGAAAAUCGCUGGAACCAUUAUAACGAGUUCGUUUUCGUGCGCGAUUAGAGAGCAGCGGGCAGCGUGAUAUCCGUGAAUAAAAAAAACCAAAAAAGUACAUUGAGUUGACUUAAUCCUUGUCUUCUUUCGCGGCUGCUGCGAUUAAUGCCUUGCACAUUUUAUAUAAAUGCCGUGCGAUUGAUAACAGCUGCUGUUAGAGAAGACUUGGUUCGGGUGCUCGAAAAGAGAUUCAAGCAAAAACGUUUUUGUUUGAAAACACGUGUGCGCGUAACGCCGCGAUUCUCUUUAAUAGUACACAUCACAAGUGUAAGGAAGUCGAUAUGUACGACACUGAGCUUACAUAUUAGAGGUGUACACGAAAGCGUCGGAUGUUCGUUUCGCAGUUUCCUUCGCAGCUAAUUUUAUCACGCGAGACAAUUUUCCCGAAGCUGUCAUUAUCAUUAUCAUCAAUCGACGUUGAAGCGGAAAUAGAAAUUGGAGCGCGUUUCAAGGCUCGAGAAUACCAAUAUCGUCUGUCUUCUGAAAUAUUAAUUCUCGAGAUUCUGCCAACCUUAUCGAUUCUUUCAUGAGAAUAAAGAAAAAACGGGUGGAGUGAGUAAGAAAAAGUGACGAAGAUAAAUUUUUGAGAACAACUGCAUUCCGAUAAAAACUCUUUUCCGAGACAACUGAUAAGAAGUACUAAUAAGGAGGAAUUGAAACUUUGCAUUUAUUAAAACACACAAAAACUGUGAGAACUUGAAUUUACUGUAAUUAUGCUAAACUUCCAAAUGCUCGUAAUACAUAAUAAAAAAUUAUAAAUCAACAUUGAGUUGCAAUAGAAGUAUUUGCUUUAAACGAGAAAGACAGACAGACAGAGAGAAAGAGAGAGAGAGAGAGAGAAGAAAGUGGUUUUAUUCAAGUCGUAAUUAUACAUCUUACACGCAUAACUAGCUAUUCAGUUGUAUGUGAGUUUGAUCCACAAUCGUGCAAAUAGAGCUCGAAACUUCUCUGUGAAUACAGCGUGUUUAAUAUCUUUCAUAAUUAGAACACGCCUAAACAGCGGUAAAGUUGCCGUUUUAUGCAAUAAUCCUCAGUUGCUUCUUUCAACUGAGAUUGUCGCGUGAGAGCGAGACGUUUUAUUAAAAAGCAGUCUCGCGUAAAUCCAACGGAUGAAAGACAUACCAAUGUCAGGCGUUUUUCAUUGAACAGCGGGUGUGAGGUAAGACGGUAAAUGAAACACGCAAAGCGAAUCGAAGAUGAAGAGCGCUGGGGGGUGACGUUGAAGUAUCUGCGAACGAACGCGACUCAGGCUACUUAAAAAAAAGCAACAGCGUCAGAUAUGUCAGUGAUAAAUGUCGCCAGGAGCGACGAGCGAGAAAAUGUAAGGAAAAAACAUAACACACGAAAUGCAAACUUAACAGCUAAUAGGAAUAUCAAGUUGUUUUUUAGAAGAUCGAACAAAUGACGCAAUAACGUUUUUGUAUUCUUUUCAUUUGCAUUUGACGCAAAUUUGCAUUUGACGAAAAUUGGCAGAAAAUUAAAGAUGACAGGAAAUUUUGAUUCAUGAUGAUGAGAUCAAAGAAAGUCUCCGGUGCUAGUUUUGCCGAAUAAUAGCCGGUGUUAUUGUGUAAAUGGUCGGGCCGGAUGAUCACUACUUAAUCAAUGGCCGGAUCGAGUACUAUUAAUUGCUAGUCGGAUCAAAAAAGUUACUGCAUAUUAAAAUCGGACACUUCCUUUGAAAAGAAAAAAAGAAAGAAAAACUUAUUAUUAUUUCAUAUGCGUAAAAAGCGCGAGCAAUAAUUUGAUAAAUUAACGUCCAAUGAAUUAUCUCUCUGGAUGAACAGACCAACCCCGUUUGUUGUAGGCGGAGUGGCUUGUCGAAUGCGUGUACUUACAACCUAACACGAUGUCUCAAACGCUAUUCAAACGACAGAACAGCUAGAUACGUUCUUUCUUUUAAUAAUUUCUCGUUAGCUUUGAAAAAAUUCGAACAGCGAUAAUCCUUUUCUUUUUUUCACUUUAUAAAAAUAUUUAUUUUCUUGUUUACUAGAUAAAAAAACUACAAAAUUUAAGG